AUGACCAGGAGAAGCCGAAGACAGAGGGAAGUCGGACUAAAGUCUGAAAUCAAAACUGCCUAUGCUCCUCCCCGCAUUUCUCAUGCUCCCGAAGUCGCCCACAAUUUGUCCGUUCGCUGUUUUAAAUAUGAUCCUUCAAUUCCCAAUCCCAUUGUUCUGACUAAACCUCUCAAGCCGCGGGCAGUUUCAAGCUCGGAGGACGAAGAUGAGCUGGAGGCGGUUUAUCCCGGUCCGAUUUGUAUUUCGUGCUCUGGCGUCGACAACGACCCCUUGAUUUGGUGUUCUGGUUGUGCCGAGCCCUAUCAUUACGAGUGUGCUAAAGGUUAUCCUAAAGAAAAGUACGGCCAGACCUACCGCUGGCUCUGUCUCGAUUGUCGACAGAGCUGCGUUUCGUGUUCCUAUCCUGUUUUGACGAUAUCGACCUUCAACUGCAAGACCUGCUGGAAGAUUAUCCACAGGCGUUGUAUAGACCCCCAACUGCGGAGCGAGUUCCGUCAAAACGGCUGGACCUGCUCCGAAUGCCUCAGACCUAAUCAUGAAGAGCCGCCACGAAGUACCUGCGAGCUCUGUCUAUCCGACCCGCUACCCAACUGCCAACCUAGUUACCAAUGCGACCGCUGCCGAACCUCCGUUAAAUCCUGUUGUUUGGACCUCUCCGACGAUAUUCUUCAUUUUUAUGAUAAUUUUGCACAACGUCAGACCUUUCUUUGUGAAAACUGCGAUGCGAGCAUUUCGUGGAAGAAUCAUCUUCUCUGCGCUUGGCGAAGAAGUCUUCUUCAAAUCCUCAGUCCUCUUUCGCAACUGGCCAAAAGUGGCCACUCCGAAAUCUCCGAAAUCCAGAGAAAUAUCGACAAGUUCGAUUCAAUAGAAGAUUUUGCCAAAAAGAUCAAGGAACUUCGUAGAUUAGAGAAAUUUCGCUCAGACGAGAUCCAACGCAAAUUUGAGCACUCAAAGAAUGUGCUAGAGGAAAUCUUUCCAAAAUAUGACGCUCAAGUCGCUGCGCUGCCUGAAACUGAGUUUCCUCCUGAAUUUACCUUUCACCUGAGAAAAGCGCCUGAAAUACCUCAGUAUCAAACUUCACUCUAUCGUUCACCAGCAUGUUGUCUUUGUACGGCAAAACCAUCUUACGCUCGGUUAAUCUACCUUGGCCAGGAUGAGUGGGCCCAUGCAGCCUGUGUUCUUUGGGCAGGAAGGCUAGCGAAUACAAAGGGAAAUUACUCCCCUAUGAUUCGAGGAUAUUCACAUGGAAUUGGCCCAAGUGCAUCAAGAGAAGAAGAUUCCUGCCGCCACUGUGGUUACAGUAUACGCACAGCAAUAUCCGUCAAAUGCUGUAAAGAGGGCUGUAACUUGGUUAUGCAUUUCUUCUGCGCAAGAUUAACUGGCUGGUUGGUGAUGGACAAGAUGUCGUCUCUUUGUGGCCGCCAUAAACCCCGCUGCGAAUCGAAGAAAAACAUGGUAUUGGAAGCUUCUCUUGCGAGGAAGCAGUCGACAGAACAGGGAGCUGAGACUCCAAAUUUAUUAGCCGACUUGAUAAGACAGGAAAUGCCAUCGCAAGACCAGAACGUCCCACCCUCUGACGUCAAGCCGGUCACACAACAAACUGACGCGGGUAAAACAGUAGUUACUCCAGGCAUAACUCCCGCACCGAAGACCGGAAAGCCGUCGUCGUUCGACCGACAGACCUCUCCAGUAAAAGUUGCCCCUAUCCUUUCUAACGGAAACCUCAAACCUAAAUCCCCAUCAUCUGGCGGAAAACCGCAAGCCUUUCAGCAAAUGAUGACUUCGCCGCCACCGCUGAUUGUGGGCAAGAAAGCACCAUUAGCUCAGUCUGCAGAAAACUCAACGCUCAAGGAACUACUCAGAGCAUCCCCAAGCAAAUCUACUCCUGUCCCAGCAUCUCCACUCCAGUUGUACACUAGCCCAAAGCCAAUGCAGAAAUUAAUUAGCCCACCAAAGAAUCAGCCUACACAGAGGCUGCAGAUCAUCCCGCUCGAGUCACAAGUGAAUUCGAAAGCGAUGGCCUCGAAUAUCAUGACAAAGAAGCCAGAACUUCAGCAGUUUGGACAAGACAAACUCUCACAACUGAUUGAAACUCUCUUCAACGAAGGACCUAGUAGCACACCAACUUCAGUAAAUCAUUUUUCAACAAACCUAAAAGAAAGUUCCGCUUCAACCUCUUCCAACUUAUUGCCCAGCUCAAGUACCAGCUCUAUUACGACUCAACCUCAAAAUCCGCCUAACCUUACGCCCAAGCCAAUGCCAAUGCUCAACAAAUCUCCUAUCCAAGGCGUUCCAAUUCAGAAUAGCGAGAAAGUUAUGCCACAACUUCAACGGAAUGCACCUCCACCGCCACUGCAACAAAUCCCAGGGACACAGAUUGCUUCGAAAGUUCAGCCCUCUAUUCAGCCCGAGACUCAAGUUCCUCAAACAGAUGGACUGAUUGAUAUUGAUCAAAUGUCGCCCGGCAUGAUUUCGGAAAAUAAUGAGGAAGACUCCGAUUUCGAUAUUUCCGAUAAUGAAUCUGCAAAUGCUAAAGUUCCGGAAGCAUCAGAUGAAAUUAAGCCUCGCCCAAAAAAGCCAAGAGCAGCGUAUGGAAGUCUGAAGAAAAAGAAAAUCACACUUGAAGAAGUUUUUACUGAUGUCGAGAACAUGCUAUUACGAAAAGGACGUGCUCGGCCAGAUCACAACGAUCAAGCGCAUCAUCACAAAUCAAAAUGGGCGCAUGGAAUUCGACCUGAAGAUGCAUACAUCGCUUUAGGUGGCCUUUCGGUUAAAAAUCUCGGAAAGAUCCAUCCUGAAUGUACUCAGCGCUACAAAGAAGCUCUCUGUCCAGAAGGAUAUGAAGCCAUCCGAUGGUUUUGGUCUUCGAAAAAUCCUGGCAAUCUGACUAAAUACAUUUUGAAUGUAUCAAUCCAAUACGACCCGCUUCCGGAAGCAGUUUAUGUGAAUGAAACUAUCGUGCAUGAACCCGACUUGAUCAUUCCUCCAGAGGAAGAUAUUUCAGAAGCAUCUACUCCUAUCACUUGCGAAGCGAUCAACUACACUUUCGACGAAUGGCCUGAAUGGGAAGAAGUUGAUAUGGAAGAGAUCGCACCACCGCCGAAAUAUUUUCAGAGAAAACGGAGCGCCGAUGAAGGAUCUGCGCAGAUGGUCCCCGAAAAACGGGGGCGAAGAGGGCGACAGAAAAUAGUCAAAAAAGAGGUGUUAGAAACGGACGAUGAAGACACAGAGGACAUGCUGAAUAGAAGAAGUGUCCGUGUUUGGGCAAAUAAAAUUAAGAAAGAAUUCGUCGAAGAGGUCGUAAUUCCUGAGGAGCUUGAUGGCUUCAAGGUACCAACUGAUGAUGAGGAUGAUUUGGAGGAAGUCGAAACAACAGAUCCAAUGGACACAAGCUUCGAGUUAGUUCCGAAAAAGCAAGCAGCGCAGCCUUCAAAACCACUCCGAGUUCAAUCAAAAAGAAUGUCCAAGUUUAAGAAUGCACCAAAGCGAACCACACGCGGUCGAGGCAGGCGUGGCAAGAAAAAUGAAGAUUUUUCUGACGAAGAGAAUGAGCGUGACGACGAGGAAUUGCACGAAGUUGAACUUAUAAUUGAUGACUUUGAAGGAAGAUCUCCAGACUCAGAUCGGCCAAAUAACGUUGAGAUGAUGUCUCUUUCUGAUGUGAGAACACAUUUGAGAUCCGAUGAUGAAGAUGAGGAUGAUAUUAUCAGAAGAAGAUCAAGAAGGAUGAAAUUGACUAGUCUCGACUCUGAUUCGGAAAGUGACGAGAAAACUUCGCCAAAGUCAGAGCCACUUGUCGAAAACACUCAAGAAUUGAGUCCACUGGAAUCUCUUGAGACGAUUACAUUGGACACGGAAUCGAGAGAAGUAAUUACAAUUGUUGAUUCUCCUGAGGAGCUAAAAAUCGAGCAACCAGAAGUGACUGAAGCCGAGACUGUCCAAGAAGGACCUCAGUAUGAGGCUGGUGUUUUGAAGACUGUCAUGGAAAAUGUCGAUCCCGAGACACUUCUUCAAGAACGAAACGAUUCUCCUUCUCCUGAAGAACCUCAGAUGGUCUCUGACGAGUCACCUCAGCCAUCGAGUGAAGUGGGGGUUCAGACGCCACCUGGAGCAGUUGGAAAAGAAGAAGAAGAAGAGCCGGAUACAGUAGAGACGAGAGAUAAUGAGCCUACAUCAGCCGAGAUACUUGGUGAAACGGGAACUAGCAUUGCAGAACUCGAUCAAGAGCAACCCAAAAGCCCUUCCGUCGAUUUUGAUACCAGAGAAGAUCUAAAGACCCCAAAUGAUGACCCCUCAGAAACUUCCGUGGAUAAAGAUGAAGUCGCCGCUGAAGAUCAGAAAGAAGAACCAGAGGCAAUUGAACAGUCCGAUCCAAGUGUUGAUGACGAUCAGAUUGAAGAAGAGAUAGGUAAAAAUUGUAGUUCAUCCGGUGGCAAGUCUGAAUCAGACAAUUGUGAAAAGAAUCCCCAAAUGGGUAACUUGACAAUUGUCCUCACUCGUGUUGAUGUUCCCGUAGAAUCGAGUAGAAUCAUUUCUGAAUCGUCGGAGACCUCAUCUGAAAAAGAAGCUUCUCGGAGAGACUCGGCGAGUCCAGACGCUGAAGACAACUGGUCUCCUAGCUCGGAGCCCGAAAAUGACAUGGAAGAUAUGUUUCGUAUUGAAGAACACCAUGAAAUGGACGACGAGGAGUCGGAGAAGUCAUCGGAACUACUGGCGAAGGAGCUGACACAGAGCUUUGAUUGCGAAAAAACUGACAAAGACAUCGAGAAGAUCUUGCUGCAUAUGAAAGUCAACCAUCCAUAUCAUUACGCAGCUUUAAUCACUGUGAAGCACUCAAAGGUUCACAAAUCAUGCGAUACUUGUGGAUUCAUUUUUAUGUGCAAAGCAACAUUCGAUUCACAUCUUGAAUUGUCCCUUUGCAAAAGAAAUCUGGCAUAUCUCAAACGAUAUAACGAACCUGAAAAGUUUGAUGAGCUUGAGCUUGAAGUUAUUGAAAAUGAGUACCAGUGGAGCUACCCCAAGAGGAAGGUAUCGAAGCGAAGAACGCCGACGAAGCCAAAAAAACCGGUAUCGCCUCCGAAACAGACUCGCCGAUGCCAGAAAAAAGCUGAGAAUCUCAAAACACGUUCCGGCAGGCGAGUUAAAGUCCCUCAACUAGACGGAAAUGCAGACUCGUCCGAUGAAUCAUCGAGCAGAUCUGGUAUGGAAGUUGAUCUUCCACAAACAGAUGGGUUAAAUGACGCGCCAAGACAGCCGCAAGUUCCGCCGAUGUAUCACCAACAGAUGGCGCAAAAUCAACAUCAGCCCAACGCUUCACCAGUGUUUCGAAUGCAACCGGUAAUGCAGCAAACGAAUUACAUCCACGUUGCUCAAGGAGGAACUGUUAUUCUUCCUGGCGGCGCAAAUCAGCAAAAUCAAGUCACUCACCAACAGGACAAUCAAGCUUCAUCUACUCAACAGAGUAACGUUCAGCGUAUAGGUUCUUCCCAAAGCGGACAUUCUGCUCCUCCCGGAUACUAUCAGGUCGUCAAUCCGCAAGGUGAAGUGAUAGGCCAAAAGCCGAUGAUGCAACAACGCCAACAACCACAAGUCCAGUAUCAUCAAGCCCAUCAGCGACAGCCGCAACAGCAGCAUGGUCAGAAUUUUCAGCCUGUCACCUCACAAAUUGCAUCUCACUUUCCAAUAUUUUUAACUCCUGGGAACUCUCAGGGGCAGCCUAUGAAUGUUCAACGUGUCGUAACACCGAGUCCUAUGCCUCAACGAAUGGGAUCGUCAACACCACAUGGGUAUCCUCAAGCUCCUACGCCAACACAACGCCUGACAGCCACUCCUUUUGACAAUCGCGAGCAUAUGCUGAGUACUCCACUCGGUACCCUUGGAGCUCCAACGCCAACUCCUUCGUACGGAAUAGAUCAGCGAAUGCUCGAGCAGCAGCGACUUCAGGAGCACCGACAAAGACAGCAGCGGGCACUAGAAGAGCAGCGGCAUCGUGAAAUGCAAGCUCGUGUUGAAGAGCAGCAUAGAAGAGAGGAAGAAGAGCGAAAACGACAAGAAAUGCUUCGGAAGCAGAGGGAAGAAGAAGAAAGGAGAAGACUAGAAGAGGAAAAGCGAAAGCGCGAAGAGCAAAAAAGACAAGAACUUCUUCGAAAACAACAAGAAGAAAGACGCCUCGCCGAAGAACAGCAUCGAAAACGAAUUGAGCAUGAGCGUAUGAUGCAACAACAGCAAGAACAUCAACGACUCCUCAUGCAGCAGCAACAAUCGCAGCAGUUCCGCGGACAUCAACAACAUCAAGGUCUUUUGCAUCGUCAAAUGUCUCCUGGACUUCACUCACCACCUCAGCAACCGUUUCACAGUCAGAAUCGUUCGCCUGGUUCUGCUCAUAAUCUCCAAUCUCCACCUCAAAACUUUCAGUCCCCUCCACAAUACCAAAAUCAGCCGAUAUCAACCCCUCAACAGCGACAGCAGAGUACUCAACAGCAGCCGCCACAGGCGCAACAGUUUGUUCAAGCACCUAACCAGCAAUUCUUCCACAAUGGACAACGCUUUAUUCGAAUACAAACGCACCCACAGCAAGCUCCAACGCCAACUUAUAUCAAUUCCAACCAGCGAUUCGUGAUUGCAAAUCAACCUGUUCAGCAACAAAAACCGCAACAAACGAUGAUGAGUAAUUUCCAGCAACGGCCAGUCGCAAGUUCACCCGUCAAUCAAAACUCGCAGAUUGCAAGUUUUGCCAAUCAACAAGUACUUCAGCAGCCAAAGCCACCUCAGUACCAAGAUGUUCAAAGGCCGUCAAGUUCUACACAAGCGCCUCCUCAGAGAUACUUCAACGUUGGUCGAAGUCCUAAAAUCGACGAGUACAGAUUGCAACAAAUCAAGAACGACUUGAAGUCGCCUAUAAAUGCACCCAAAAACAUUGUGGUGAAGGCGGAGCCCCCGCCAACCUAUCAAGAGCGACCUCAGCAGCAAGCUCCUCGGCAUCAAACAAAUGUUUACGUAAAAGGCGAGCCAAGGGAUGAAAGUUACCACAAGAAAGUUAUCAAAGAGGCGAUUAAAACUCAAAGUGAGUUGAACAAACGUCAGUCAAAAUCUCCUGUUCGAAGUCAACAACCAGGUCCGCAGGCUGCGGUAUUUGGAAAUCAGCAAUACAGGAUCGCACCAGGCGCUGGUCCAUUGCCAGGAUUGAGCACUCAACAGCACAGGCCGAACAUAUUGCAACAGCCGCGUGGACAGCCGAUGCGUGCUCAGCAGCAACAUGUUUUCAGCGCUUAUAAUCCAGAAAAUGGAACAUUCACAAUCCAGCCACAGAUGACCUUGGCGCCUCGGCCUGCUCAAAUCGUACCAGCUAAUCAAUCUCAGCGAGUUCCCCCUCAGUCUGAUUCGUCCACAUCAGCGAGAAAACCGUGGGAUCUAGAUCUACAACCACCUAGAAGACAAUCUGGAAUAGAAGUGGUCGGUAGAAGUCCGGUUCGUCAACAGCAGAGUCGCCCGCAGCAAUUUCAAAGAUACCAAGUUGGAACUAUUUUGCCAAAUAAUCAAGGGCUCAAACCAGGACUAAAUCUCAUCAACGGUCAACUGAUUGAAGUCCGUAACGGGCCAAUGCCAAUUACAGGAAGACAACUGUGCAUGGAUCCCUCAUCAUUCAGCAUCAUUAAGGAAGAGCCAAAGCCGAUUCCUUUCAAGCAAGAACCUAAGCAGCCGAAAGCGCCGAAGCAGAAGCCGCUUAUAUGGGAUCCCAUCGUGCUCGAAGAGUCGCUUGUUCAAGGUUCUGUUGAAGAUGGCCAUGAUGAUGACUUUGACGGGUCUAUUUUGCUAGACAGACUCAUGGUAGAAGAAAAGGCUAAUGAGCUGAAAAUUGUGGAGCGCCCAGAAACCCCUGAUGCAGUUGAUGAAGUAGAAGAAUACAAUCUGAUGUUCUCUAUUGUUUCAGAAGAUGGUGUUCGAAAGUCCGGAAAAGAUCUUGAAAGUUUAUGGAAUGAAAUUAUCGACGAGUUGCCAACAUCAGGCCGUCUUCCAGGAUCUGCUCCGAAAGCGACACGCCCAGAUGUGUUUGCUGCAUUUGGUUUUUCAAAAGAUAUGGUCCGAUACCUUCUCGAACAGCUUCCUCUAGCUGAUAGUAUCCCUGGAGCUUACAAAGCUGUCCAUUUCCCUCGUGACGAGAAGAGCAUUUCUGUGACGAGAAAUUCGAAGGGUUGCUGGAGGGCACAAGGCUGGUCUGGAAAGCGAAAUCCUUCAGAUAUGUUCUCGUUCCUGAACUCCAAGCAUCGUUCUGGGCUAACCCAUGAUCCGAAUUUCCGGCCAACGUUGGAGACCGACUUGCCAUUGACGAUGAGAUUCAGGAAGAUGGUGGAAACUAGUAGAAACUCCCUUCAAGUCCUGCCAUCGGCUAUUCACGGACGAGGAUUGUUCGCACGUCGACCUUACGAGCCCGGAGAGUUGGUAAUUGAAUACUCUGGUACUGUCAUCCGCGGAGAACUUUGCGACAUGCGCGAAAAAUACUACGACGACAGAGGCAUCGGAACAUACAUGUUCCGAGUCGAUGACGAUUUUGUUGUCGACGCAACGAUGGAAGGUGGCAGAGCGCGUUUUAUCAACCACUCGUGUGGUCCCAACUGUUUGAGUAAGAUCAUCACUGUCGAUUCGCGAAAGCACAUCUGUAUCAUCGCCGGCCGAUUUAUCGACUUCGGCGAAGAACUGACCUACGACUACAAAUUCGAUCGCGAUCUCGGAUCUGAGCGUAUUCAGUGCGGAUGCCAAGCACCAAACUGCAGACGAUUUAUGAACUAA